AUGGCUAUCGAUUUAUGUCCUGCGGAAGCCAUUCCAAGAACCUCGUUUUCUCUUGAUUUCGGUUCAUCGACAAUUUCUCCAUUGCAACAGUGCUGCCCUCUCCGAUCAACUUCCUUUCCCUUGAAUUCGAGCAUUGAUUUCGAGUUCGAUGUUCGGAUCAAUAGUAUUGAUCAAGAAUGUUAUUCAUCAGCAGAUGAGCUCUUCUCCAAUGGUAAAAUCCUUCCAAUUCGAAUCAAGAAAAACAUUUCCCCAUCUAAACAAGAUCAGCAACAGCCAACAUCCCACAAACCCCAACCUCAAGCUAGAAAUGCUAGCUCAAAGGAUAUCGAGGUUGCAAGUAAAGAACCAAAUGAUCGGAAUCAAAGUUCCAAGUCAUUUUGGCUGUUCAAAAGGAGCAGUAGUUUGAAUUUUGUCAGCGGAUAUAAGCGGAGGCUAUGUCCAUCAAAACUUUUAUCAAGAAGUAGUUCAACAGGGUCAGCUCCAAAGGUGAAACCAGGGCCAGUUUUGAAAGAUGCUCAUGGACCUCAUGUUAUUGGUAAUCACAGGCAUAACAAUCAUAAGGAGAAGUCUUUGCCAUCUCUGCAGUCUUCAACAAGUAACCAAAAGUCUCCUUUGAAGAAGAGUUUUACUUACAGAUCCCCUGCCAAUGCUGUGACAAUCAAUCCUGCUCUGAAUGUUCCCUUGGUGGAUAUCUUUUGUCUAAGUUCAGUCUUCUUAUCUGGCAAAGAUAAGAAGAAGUAACUAAGCAAAAAAUCACAGUUAUAUGAGACAUGAAAAAGCAAAUAGAAUUUCUUCUCUUAAGUGCAAAGCUUUGGGUUUUGUCAUUUUUUUCAAAGAUAGAAUCAAAGCCUAGGAGACGGGUGGCACAGAAUCAGAGAUGAAAAGGUGGGGCUAAAGUAGGAUCAAGAAAUGAUGCUGACAUUGCCAAAGGCUUCCAAGCACAAAAUGUUAACCUUGUUUGCCGUAAUGCUGCUCCAUUCUGUUCUGCGUUUUUCCAGCUUUUGACCUGCUACAGGCUGACGCAUGUGGUAUAAUUUUCGUACUAACAAUUUCUGGCUCCUUUUCUCUGUUACCCCAUACCUGCUUUUUAGUGUGUUCGC